UCUCCAUAGAAAAGUAGCUGUAGGAAGAAAAGACGAGUUGUUUUUCAAUUAGUCUUCUAACUUCCGCGAAAUAACUCAAUCGGAAGCAUUUCGAAGUCCCUGACUUAGCUCCUAACCGUCAUGGAAUCGUGAAUACAUUUCAAUGAUGGAUAGCCAAAAAACUCUCUUCCUCUCUUUGAUUGUUGUUCUCUAUCUCCCGCAAUUCUCAAACGGAGUAGGAGAUAGGUUGAUGAAAGGUGGAUCAUUGAAAGACGGGCAAACACUCAUCUCUGCACGUGGUAUUUUCGAACUUGGUUUCUUCAGCCCCAGAAAUUCCACAGACCGAUACAUCGGAAUUUGGUACAAGAACAUUACAGAAACGACAAUAGUAUGGGUUGCCAAUAGAGAUAAUCCUCUCAAAGAUAACUCAGGAGUUCUUCGCUUCAGGGAUGCUGGAUACAUGAUAGUUGAAGAUAAGAAUAAGAAUUACUUCUACAUACCUGAAAUUUCUCACGACAUUAGUGCAACCGGUUCUAUGCUGUUGGAUAGUGGAAACUUCAUAUUAACAGAAGGAAGUUCUGAUAACGACAAUCGUCAAAUCGUGUGGCAGAGCUUUGAUUAUCCAACUGACACAUUGCUUCCCGGCAUGAGAUUACAAGUGAAUGUAACAACUCGAGAAAGCCGAUCACUUACUUCAUGGAGAAGUUCGGAAGACCCUGCACCUGGUGACUUCUCUUUCGGAUGUAGUCCAGAUACCUCUGGACAGUUAUUGGUUAGGCAGGGUGAAGCUGCUUACUGGAUUGGUAGGAUUGGGGAGGGGACGGGAUCAAAUAAUUUCUAUAGUUUCAGUACUAAUGAUUUGAGCUUGUAUUGGUUCACCUUUUCUGUUGUGAAAAUUCAGAUUUUGACAAGGUUUACGAUGGAUUUUAUGGGGCAAAUCAAGCAAUUGACAUGGUCGGAUGAUACCCACAAAUGGGAAUUGGUUUGGCAUGCACCAGAAGAUGAGUGUCAUGCUUCAUGCGGGUAUUUUGGCGUAUGCAAUCUUCAAAGCAGCUCGAGCUGCUCAUGUAUACCAGGUUUUGAACCAGCUUCUCUGGAACAAUGGAUUCUCGGAGAUUGGUCUCGUGGGUGCGUGAGGAAAACAUAUGGACAAUGUCAGGAAAAUAGCUCGGUUAAUAGAGAAAAUGAUGCAUUUAUUGCAAUGGUGAAUGUCCGAUUGCCUAUAAAUAUGCAAUUGGUAGAGGUUGGGAGUUCCACAGAAUGUGUAUUAGCUUGCUUGAGUAACUGUUCUUGUACUGCUUAUAUCUAUGGUCUUAAAUGUUUUGUAUGGAUCGGAGAUCUGUUGAAUCUGCAACAACUUCCUAGCAGUACUAGUUAUGGAGGAGUUCUUAAUAUCCGUAUUUCUCCUGAGGAAAUCAUUUAUCACGGAAACAAGAGAUGGCUUCGGAUAGUCAUUGCUGUAAUAGUUGCUAUGGCAAUUUUUCUGUUGGGUCUCUUAAUUGGUUGUUAUUUGCAGAGGGAAAAUAUCAAACGGAGAGGGGAAAAAGAAUCACAACAGGAAGUAUUAUUGCUUGAGUUUGGAGAAGGCCGGAACAACGAUCCUGAGCUGCAACUAUUCAGUUUUGCAAGUGUUUCUGCUGCUACAAAUAAUUUCUGGGAUGCAAAUAAGCUUGGACAGGGUGGAUUUGGUCCUGUUUACAAGGGAAAGUUGCUUGAUGGUCGUGAAAUAGCGGUGAAGAGACUUUCCAAAAGUUCCCGGCAAGGAUUGGAGGAGUUCAAGAAUGAAGUUGUACUUAUUGCUAAACUCCAGCACAUGAAUCUUGUUAGGCUUCUGGGUUGCUGCAUUGAAAGAGAAGAAAUGAUACUGCUCUACGAUUACAUGCCGAACAAAAGCCUCGAUUCCUACCUCUUUGACGCAACUAAACGGGUCCUACUUGAUUGGGGAAAACGUCGGCACAUCAUCAAUGGGAUUGCACAGGGGAUUCUUUAUCUUCACAAGUACUCUAGAUUAAAAAUAAUUCAUAGAGAUUUGAAAGCUAGCAACAUUUUGUUGGAUGGGGAGAUGAAUCCCAAAAUAUCUGAUUUUGGAUUAGCAAGAAUGUUCAUCGGGAAUGAAACUCAAGCGAAUACAAAUAGAGUUGUUGGAACAUAUGGUUAUAUGUCUCCAGAAUACGCCAUGGAGGGCCAUUUCUCAAUCAAAUCUGAUGUCUUUAGCUUUGGAGUUUUGCUGCUAGAGAUCAUGACUGGUAAGAAGAAUACAGGAUUAUACAUUUUCGACUGCCCCCGGAGCCUUCUAGGAUAUUCAUGGGAGUUGUGGAAGAGAGGGUGGGGUUCUGAAUUGAUGGACAUGACGUUGGUCAGCUUGUCUUCUAAACAAGAGCUACUGAGGUACAUUCAUGUGGGGCUCUUGUGUGUGCAAGAGAAUGCAGCGGAUCGACCCACAAUGUCGGAAGUCAUUUACAUGCUUGCUAAUGAAACUGGGACCCUGCCAACUCCUAAACAGCCAGCCUUUUCAUUUGGGAGGUCGGUAGUUGCAGCAGAGUUGCCUACUAGUAGACUGGCAAUUUGUUCCAUCAACGAGGUAACGAUUUCAGAACUGGACGGACGAUAGCAGCAAUACCAUGUUCAUCAACCAACCUUGCGGUUUUAUCUAUGAUCUGCAAUGGGAUCUAUUUUUUUUAUCCAUUACACAAGUUUAAAUAGCUUGGAUGUUUGUUCCUGUUGAAAUGAAACUGCUUGCAGUUUGUUUUUCAAAUUCUAGGCUAAUCUCUUGGAUACUCAUGGGAUCAGUAAUAACUCCGCCCCAUUUAAGUUUCUUGCUAAUGCCUGGAGAUAUGAUUUUGUAAUUCUGCUGUCUUAUGUUUUCCACUUGCUUAGAAAUUGGC